CUACGCACUAGACAGCAGUCAUGUGACCCGGUAGGCCCCACCCUCUGAAGGAUCUGUGAGUUCUUGUGCUGAGCUGGAGCUGCUGUGUUUCCAGCCGGUGUCUUGCGGUGUACGGGCGAAGCAGCAGGAGCAGCAGCAAUGGCGGGCCGGACUAUGCAAGCGGCGCGAUGCCCUACAGAUGAGCUCUCCAUUACAAAUUGCGCUGUGGUGAAUGAGAAGGAUUUCCAGUCUGGACAGCAUGUUGUUGUAAGAAUCUCACCUAACCAUCGGUAUAUCUUCACCGUGAAGACCCACCACACUGUCCUGCCAGGCAAUAUUGCUUUUAGCCUCCCUCAGAGGAAAUGGGCCGGUCUCUCCAUUGGGCAGGAGGUGGAAGUUGGGGUGUACAACUUUGACAAGGCCAAGCAGUGCAUUGGUGUCAUGACCAUUGAAAUAGACUUCUUGCAGAAAAAAAAUGUUGACUCCAACCCUUAUGACACGGACAAGAUGGCUGGAGAGUUUAUACAACAGUUCAAUAACCAGGCCUUCUCUGUGGGGCAGCAGCUGGUGUUCUCCUUCAAUGAUAAGCUUUUUGGACUGCUGGUAAAAGACAUUGAAGCAAUGGAUCCUUCCAUCUUGAAAGGAGAGCAGUCCAGUGGAAAGAAGCAGAAGAUUGAGGCGGGUCUGGUUGUGGGCAACAGUCAGGUGGUGUUUGAAAAGGCCGACAGCUCCUUACUAAACCUCACCGGCAAAUCAAAGACCAAGCAAGGUCGCCAGUCUAUUAUCAACCCAGACUGGAACUUUGAGAAGAUGGGGAUUGGUGGUCUGGACACAGAGUUCUCUGACAUCUUCAGACGAGCCUUCGCUUCAAGGGUCUUCCCACCAGAGAUUGUGGAACAGAUGGGGUGCAAGCAUGUGAAAGGCAUCCUUCUCUAUGGCCCCCCUGGAUGUGGUAAGACCCUCAUGGCCAGGCAGAUUGGUAAGAUGCUGAAUGCCCGGGAACCCAAAGUAGUCAAUGGACCUGAAAUCCUUAACAAGUACGUUGGAGAGUCUGAGGCCAACAUACGAAAGCUAUUUGCAGAUGCAGAAGAGGAACAAAGGAGGCUUGGUGCGAACAGUGGGCUCCACAUUAUCAUCUUUGAUGAAAUAGACGCCAUUUGUAAGCAGAGAGGAAGCAUGGCAGGAAGCACCGGCGUCCAUGACACUGUGGUGAAUCAACUGCUGUCCAAGAUAGAUGGUGUAGAGCAGCUCAAUAACAUUCUGGUGAUAGGGAUGACCAACAGGCCAGAUCUGAUUGAUGAGGCUCUUCUGAGACCUGGAAGGCUGGAAGUGAAGAUGGAGAUCGGUUUACCUGAUGAGAAAGGCCGCGUCCAGAUCCUCAAUAUCCACACUGCUCGGAUGAGGGAGAACAAUCUGCUGGCUCCAGAUGUAGAAAUAGGCGAACUGGCUACAGAAACCAAAAAUUUCAGUGGUGCCGAGCUGGAGGGGCUGGUGAGGGCAGCGCAGUCCACUGCCAUGAACCGGCAUAUCAAGGCCACCACUAAAGUAGAAGUUGAUAUGGAGAAGGCCGAACAACUCCAGGUUACAAAAGUAGACUUUCUCACUUCUCUGGAAAAUGACAUCAAGCCUGCUUUUGGAACCAACCAGGAAGACUAUGCUAGUUAUAUUAUGAACGGUAUUGUUAAAUGGGGAGACCCUGUUACUCGUGUCUUGGAAGAUGGGGAGUUGCUAGUCCAACAAACCAAGAACAGUGAUCGCACCCCCCUGGUCAGCGUCCUACUGGAAGGUCCACCACAUAGUGGCAAGACGGCGCUGGCUGCUAAGAUCUCUGAGGAAUCUAAUUUCCCCUUUAUUAAGAUAUGCUCACCAGAUAAAAUGAUCGGGUUCUCUGAGACUGCGAAGUGCCAGGCCAUCAAAAAGAUCUUCGAAGAUGCUUACAAAUCCCAGCUGAGUUGUGUUGUGGUGGAUGACAUAGAGAGACUACUAGAUUAUGUUCCCAUUGGCCCACGGUUCUCUAAUUUGGUGCUCCAGGCUUUACUUGUGUUUUUGAAGAAAGCUCCGCCACAGAGUCGCAAACUACUGAUCAUUGGCACCACCAGUCGUAAGGACGUCCUGCAAGAGAUGGAGAUGCUGGAUGCCUUCAGUACUACAAUACAUGUUCCAAAUAUCUGCACAGGGGAGCAUCUGAUGGAGGCCCUGGAGCUUUUGGGAGGUUUCAAGGACAAUGAACGCUCUAUUAUUGCUAAGCAAGUAAAGGGCAAGAAGGUUUACAUAGGCAUCAAGAAGCUUCUCAUGUUAAUUGAGAUGUCCCUACAGAUGGAUCCAGAGUAUCGUGUCAGCAAGUUCCUUGCCUUGCUGAAAGAAGAAGCUGCAGAGCCAGUGCGCCGUGACUAUAUCUAACUGGAGGAGCAGGAGCACUGGGGGGAAGGCGUCAUCGUCAUUACUUGAACGUAUAACAUUCCACCCACCACUGGCUGUUUUUGGGAAGGUUGGACUCUAGAAGCACACCACUGACUUCCAUACUUCUGUAUCACACAGGAUUUGCAUGUAAUUCUAAAGUACAGUCUGCUUUGUCUAAGCUAUCGGAUCUAUUCUUCCUUCACGCAGCUUCUGAUGAAUAUGAAUGCUCAGGACAGGAUGCCAUGAUGUAACCACAACGUAACAACACUGCAACAUCCUCAUCAAUGAGCUUUGUAAGUGACACCAUAGAGUUACUUGCUCUAGACAGGCAGGCUGUAAUCGUAAAUCAUUGAGCUGUCUCUCUUACAACUACGUCAAUGCAACGUCUGGUUGACUGGAAUGCACAAACCAGUCUGUGUUGAUUUAGCCAUAUUCAAGUAGCCAUCAUCUUUUAUCUUACUGUUAGGUUUGUUCACAAAACUGUACAGCUUGUAGAGUGUGGGUGGCCAUGGUGAAUGUUACCCCUAUACAAACUAAUGAUUCACUAGUUCAUUAUAGGGUGGUGGGUAACGUCACAAGAUGGCAGCCUGCAUGAUAGUUAAGCUGAUGAGUACUUAUGUAUGUACGGGAGAUUGGUCAUGGAUAUACUCCUUUCUCAUGUCCCUCUGGUCUGGAUAUGUCCACAGUGGAUGAGAACAUGUGUGGGUUUCUUUUCUCUCUCUCUCUCUGCCUCCCGCACUAUUCAGUGUCUUUCCUGUACGUGACAUGUGUUGUGGUUCUGUGGCAGCUUUACCUCUACAUAAACCCCCAAUCUCCAGACACAUGUUGUGUCCUCCGUCCCACAGUAUGUGUAUAUUUUUAUUGUGGAUUUUAUGUUGUAAUAAAUGAUAUGUUAAGUAUUGCAACUGAACAACUAUUGCAAUAAAGAAAUAAUUUAUCGGA